AUGACAUUCCCUCUUCCUCCUGCCCGCGAAAACCAAGUGUACGUGACCGUCUCGCCCCUGGCCGGCGGCUACAUAACUCUCGCAGACCACUUCUUCGUCUCGCCGGCGGAGCCAAACGCAGCCCGCACAGUACCUUCUCUGUCCUUCCUUAUCAAACACCCAGGACCGAACAAGUUCUCCUCCAAAACUUCAAGACCCUUCCACCUCAUGUUCGACCUCGGCCUACGCCGCUCCAAAGACCGCUACCCGUCCGCUUUACAAGCUCACCUGAAAAGUCGAGAACCUCACCAUCUGGAACCGGGUGUAGCAGCGCAACUUUCCGCCGGCGGACUAGAUCCGGGAGAUGUAGACAUGGUGAUAUUAAGUCAUGUGCACUACGACCACCACGGCGAUCCGGAGGAUUUUCCCAACGCACAAUUCCGAGUCGGGAAGGGUGCAUUAGAUGUACUAGAACACGGGCUCGGAGCGGGAGGCAGUCAUCAGCAUUUCGUGCCUGGAACACUUCCUUCCGACCGGACGCAGGAGCUCUCAGAUCCAGCGGUGAGAGGGGAGUGGAAGUCUAUGGGUCCGUUUCCGGCUACGUUGGACUUAUUUGACGACGGGAGUGUGUUUGUGAUUGAUAUGCCGGGCCAUCUUCCCGGACAUGUGAAUUUACUUUGUCGAACGGAGGGCGAGAGGUGGGUGAUGUUGUGUGGUGAUGCGUUUCAUGAUCGGAGACUUUUGACGGGGGAGAAGGAGAUUGGGACGUGGGAGGGGGAGGGCGGGAGGAGGCUUUGUAUUCAUUGUGAUGAGGAGGGGGCGAGGAGGAGUAUUGGGAGGUUGAGGGAGUGGGAUCGGGUGACGGGGGAGCAGUGUGAGUUGGUGGCGGCGCAUGAGGAUGCGUGGUGGGAGAGGAAUCGGGAUAAGCAGUUUCCUGGAGUGCUGUAG